AUGAGUUUGCCCAGCGGUGUGGACAUGACCGCUGCCCUCAUGUCGCAGCAUCCCGCUCUCGGAGGACUGUCUCCCGCGUUCUUCUUGCAACGAGCGUCCGAGCGGUACCAGCGGACUCCCAAAUGUGCCCGGUGCAGGAACCACGGAGUCGUUUCAGCCCUGAAGGGACAUAAACGCUACUGUCGUUGGAGAGAUUGUGCCUGCGCAAAAUGUACUUUGAUAGCAGAAAGACAGAGAGUUAUGGCCGCCCAAGUAGCUCUACGACGGCAACAGGCUCAAGAGGAAAAUGAGGCCAGGGAACUAGGAUUGAUAUACCCACCACCAUCGUCGUCAUCUUCGGCUGCUGCUAGAUCAAGUCCAGACGAAAAAAGAGCGCGUCUCAGUUCGGAAGAAUCCAUUAAUGCAAAACACGACCAAACGAUCGGCACACAAGAUCAAAACACACGAAGCCGCUCGUCCAGCGUGUCGCCAAACGCUCCGACCCAAGUAACGUCCACACAGUUUGCAGCCAAAUUCAACAGUCCGACGAGAUCGGAGGUGGAGAGCAACGAGAGCAGCAACGAAGCUGCCCCGGAAAACCUUUCGCUGCCCAAACGGAGAGACUCUAGUUCGCCGACCGAACCCGACCGUUCCCGGUUGCCGUCGAACUAUCCGAAUUUCUCCAGUUUCCUGGAAACUAGCGCCGCGGCCGCCGCAGCCGCAGCCGCCGGAGUCAACUCCGCCGGACGGUCGGCCGUCGAUGUGCUCAGGCGCGUUUUUCCGUACAAGAGACGAGUGGACAUCGAGAACGUGCUGCAGAGGUGCAACGGCGACGUAUUGCACGCAAUCGAACUCAUGAUGUGUUCGUCGGAUCAGCUGCCAACUAUGGGACAUCCAUCGCUCAUGGACUCGCACUCAGCGUUCUCGCCCAUGUCCGCAGCCGCGGCCACGGUGUGCACGGCCGCGGCGGCGAUGACGUCGUUCCAUCAUCACCACCACCAGCAGCAGCAACAGCAGCAGCAACAACAGCAGCAACAGCAGGCACCGCGUUUUCUCACCGCGCCGAUUCACCACUAUCUGCAGCCGCAACUGCAUCACCUCACCUCCGUUCACCCGCAUGCCAUGACUUACCAGUCGCACCACCUGAACCAGGCCGCGACGUCACCGCGGUCACCGUCGCCCGGUUCCGACAAGACGUCGUACUCGGAUUGA